AUGGAUAAUACACGAGUUGACACUCAAAAUACACUGUACGAUUAUACAUCCUUAAUGCACUACAAAUCUGAUGAAUUUUCUAAAAAUGGUUUGCCAACAAUUGAAGCACUUCAACCAAACGUUAAGAUCGGACAGCGCCUUUAUUUAAGUGCAACUGACAUUCAAGAAAUUCAACUGUACUAUAAUUGCACAGGAAGUGGAUCCACAUUACCACCAAUCACAACAGCUAUUACGACUACAACAAGUAAAAAUUCAUUUCCAGUAGAAGUAGAGUAG